GAAACCAAGCCAAACCAAGCAAACACCCCCUUCGAACUAUUGGCCUCCAGUGGCACCCAAAGAAUCUGCGACACAAGCGUCCCUCACCAACUCGAUUGUUAUCCACCUGCGCCAAACUGGUGGAAACAAUAGUCCCCUUCCUGUUCCAGGAAAGCUGUUUGUAACUUAUCUCCGAGGGAGUGCUGUGCUCCUUCCCCUCAUGGCCCUUGCAACUGCUCAUGGGCAUGUAUGUAUGUAUGUACUACGAGUCCAUCUACCUAGUACCUGGGAGCGGACUGGCUGACAUGGAGACUAUUUUCUUUUUCUCUCUUUAUAUUGACAACCCGGGAACUAUAUCAUUUGCGAUCUAUUCUAUUUCCUUUUAUUUCAUACAGAUGUGAUGGGUCACAUUUCUUCCACGUUCUUUUGACCUUUGUUUUUGUCCAGUUCCAUAGCUUUUGACCUUUUCCGGUUUAUCUUCUUCACC